AUGGAAGCUCCUCCUCCACCCGUCGGAAUGGAAGCUCCUCCUCCACCCGUCGGAAUGGAAGCUCCUCCUCCACCCGUCGGAAUGGAAGCUCCUCCUCCACCCGUCGGAAUGGAAGCUCCUCCUCCACCCGUCGGAAUGGAAGCUCCUCCUCCACCCGUCGGAAUGGAAGCUCCUGCUCCACCCGUCGGAAUGGAAGCUCCUCCUCCACCCGUCGGAAUGGAAGCUCCUGCUCCACCCGUCGGAAUGGAAGCUCCUCCUCCACCCGUCGGAAUGGAAGCUCCUCCUCCACCCGUCGGAAUGGAAGCUCCUCCUCCACCCGUCGGAAUGGAAGCUCCUCCUCCACCCGUCGGAAUGGAAGCUCCUCCUCCACCUGCCGGACUCCACCGGCGGAGCGUCUGCCUUCGUCCGCGAGAUUCGCUUCCGUAA